AUGAAUUUGGAAUACCCAUGGGAUGUGUAGAAGAUUAAAUUUAAGAAUAUUUAAGUUUUCCGGAGUCAUUAAAAAGAGAAAUAUAUACUAAUUGGCAAUCAUACUCUAUCAUAACAAUUUUGCAUUCUACAUCUAAAUAUUCUUAAAGGGGCCGAUCUUCAACAGAAAGAUCUAAAACAAUACAUUUAAGAAGAGGAUCGCUAAUUUGAGACACUUGAAGAUGCAAAAUAAUACUUAUAAAAAUAUAAUUUAACAUAUCUUUAUACAGUAUCAGGAAUAAUAGGGUUCAUAAAAUUAGUAUAAGGAUAUUAUGUAAUGUUCAUAAAGAGGCGUAAAUCUAUUGCAAAAUUGGGUAAACACACAAUUUUCACAAUUGAAGAAAGAUAAAUAGUGGAAUUGUUUGAUGGGCCAUAUUCAUCAGUUGAAUCAAAAUAUAAAAAAUUAUUGUAGGAUUAUGAUCUAGAAAUUGGAUUCUAUAGUAGUUAUACUUAUGAUGUUACAAGUUCUUUAUCAAAAAACAUCAUUCCAUCUGAAGAUGUUCAAAACAAGAAUCAAAAGUAUCAUCAAAUUGGAUCAUAUCGAAAUUUAUUUAUGUGGAAUCAUUAUCUAUUAGCAGAAUUUGAUAAAAUUAUUAAAGAUAAGAGAUGGGUGAUUCCAAUUAUUCAUGGUUAUUGUGAAUAAAGUACAAUUAAAACAGUUGCUAAUUACUUUAGCAUUACUUUAUUAGCUAGGAGAUCUACAAGGCAUGCUGGUGCUCGUUAUUUAACUCGAGGUAUCAAUGAAUAAGGGUAUGUUGCUAAUUUUGUUGAAACAGAAUAAAUUGUAAUUGAAUUAGACAAAUCAACAUGUUAAAGACCAGCUUGCUCCUCGUUCAUAUAAAUCAGAGGUUCUGCUCCUGUUUACUGGUAUCAAGAGCCAAAGAUGUAUUUAUUUAAAUUACCGAUUAAAAUACCUUAAAGUGACCCUUAUUUAUACGCAACUAAGAAACAUAUUUGUGACUUGAUUUCCUCAUAUGGGAGACAAAUCUAUAUGGUUAAUUUGGUUAAGUAGAAUGAGCAUAACAAAAGAGAACAAGUAUUAGCUGAAGAAUAUUUUUCAGCCAUCAAUACUGUUAAGGAGGAAAUGUAGAAUCAAACAGAAAUAGAAAUAGGAUAUUUGGGAUUUGAUAUGAAAGCGUAAUUAAAACAGGAUAAAGAGGAGUUUGUCAAUAAGUGUUAUUCAUUAGCAUAUUAUUGUAUUAUGAAAACAGGAGUAUUUCUAUUUGUAAAAGAACCUAAAUGUAAUGAGAAUGUUAUUAUCGAAAUCUAAAAUGGAGUUGUAAGGUCUAAUUGUGUUGAUUGUUUAGAUAGAACAAAUGCAUUUUAAUAAUUGAUAGGCGAAAUGGCACUUGGAAUUCAAUUGGCUAAAAUUAAUCAGAGUAGUUUGAAAUUUAAUUUGCUUCUAUUAAAUGAAUCCAUCCUACAAGAAUUUAGAGAGAUGUAUGAAUAAUUAGGUGACUUUGUUUCAUAAUAAUAUGGUAGUUCAUUAGCUCAUAAAUAAAAUAUUGGCUAGAAAUCUAAACGAAUAGAAUUGUUUACUUCUUUGAAAAGACAUUAUAAUAAUAAUAUUGAAGAUCCUUAAAAAUAAAAUCAAAUAGAUGUAUUUUUAGGAAUUCAUCGUCCUUCUCCAGAGUAUAUUGGAGAAAAUUUCCCUGUUUGUCUGUUUCCUGACACAAAAUAUUUAUAACAGUUCACUCAACAUAAAUAAUGGUGGGUUAAUCCUUACAUGGAAUUUCAGUAGAAAUCUUUAAUUGAUGAGAUAAGCAGAAGAUGUAAAGAAGCUAGUUAAUAAGCUAAGAAAGAUUAUAAAACAAAAAUAGAGAGAAAAUAAACAAUUUUUAAUUUUGAUAUUAUUGAGAAGAUGAAGCAUAAAGCAAAUUAAAAAUUAAAAGCAAAGAAUGUUUUUAUAUUAUAAUCCCCUUACACAAAGUUGAGAGAAAAACCAUCUAAUUACGUAUCCAAGCCUUUUAAUUUAGAAGAAAAACUGAAAAAACCAUAUUAUGAUGUUAUUUAAAUUUUUGAACCUGAAUAAUUAGGUGAUUCUCCUUGUGACUCCCAUUAAUCUUCCCCAAAAUAAAAUACCUAAAAUUUAAAAACUCGAUUCUCACUACUAAAAGGAAAUGAAAUUCUUGAAAUUGAAAAAUACACAAGAAUAAAAACAUUUGACGAAUUAACAGAUGAGGCGAAUUAAAUAAGAAAAUAUUUAAAAUACAAUCUAUCAUCAGAUGAGGAAGACAAGUUAAGAAGUAACUUGAAAAGAUAUCUGAAUGGAGAAUAACCUAAAGAUUAAGUUGCUCCAAUAGAUAAAAAUCCAGAUGUUUAAAAAUAAUAUAGUGAAGUGAAGUAGUCUAUUGCAAAUUCAGAAACCGUCUAAGAUGUGUCAACAUAGCAGGCAAAAAAGAUACCUGUUGAAUAGAAAUCAGUCAAAUUUUUAGAGUCAUUAUUAAAAAAAAAUUUUGCUUAAUCUUAGAAGUUAAAAAUUAAUAAAAUAUGA